CGCCCAGGUGACGCUCGGCGUAGACGCCGCCGGGUUAAGCCCGUCACCUCCUUCCCUUCCCACUCUCGGGGACAGUGCUGAGGAGGAGUAGGCGCCAUGGCGGUUCUGCUGGAGACCACUUUGGGCGAUGUCGUCAUCGACUUGUACACAGAGGAGCGGCCGCGAGCUUGCUUGAAUUUCCUGAAGUUGUGCAAAAUAAAAUAUUACAAUUACUGCCUUAUUCACAACGUACAGAGGGAUUUUAUCAUACAAACCGGUGAUCCUACGGGUACUGGCCGUGGAGGAGAGUCUAUUUUUGGUCAGCUGUAUGGAGAUCAGGCAAGCUUUUUUGAGGCGGAAAAGGUGCCCAGAAUUAAGCACAAGAAGAAAGGCACGGUGUCCAUGGUGAACAAUGGAAGUGAUCAGCAUGGAUCUCAGUUUCUUAUUACUACAGGAGAAAAUCUAGAUUACCUUGAUGGUGUUCAUACAGUGUUUGGUGAGGUGACAGAAGGCAUGGACAUAAUUAAGAAAAUUAAUGAGACCUUUGUUGACAAGGAUUUUGUACCAUAUCAAGAUAUCAGGAUAAAUCAUACAGUGAUUUUAGAUGAUCCAUUUGAUGACCCUCCUGAUUUAUUAAUUCCUGAUCGAUCACCAGAACCCACACGAGAACAAUUAGAUAGUGGUCGAAUAGGAGCAGAUGAAGAAAUUGAUGACUUCAAAGGACGAUCAGCUGAAGAAGUCGAAGAAAUAAAGGCAGAAAAAGAGGCCAAAACCCAAGCUAUUCUUUUAGAGAUGGUGGGAGACCUACCUGAUGCCGAUAUUAAACCACCAGAAAAUGUGCUGUUUGUGUGUAAAUUGAAUCCAGUGACUACAGAUGAGGAUCUGGAAAUAAUAUUCUCAAGAUUUGGCCCAAUAAGAAGUUGUGAAGUUAUCCGAGAUUGGAAAACAGGAGAGUCACUCUGUUAUGCUUUCAUUGAAUUUGAAAAGGAAGAAGAUUGUGAGAAAGCAUUCUUCAAAAUGGAUAAUGUACUUAUAGAUGACAGGAGAAUACAUGUGGAUUUUAGCCAGUCUGUUGCAAAAGUUAAGUGGAAAGGAAAAGGUGGGAAAUACACCAAGAGUGAUUUCAAGGAGUAUGAAAAGGAACAAGACAAAUCAUCUAAUUUAGUUCUGAAAGAUAAAGUAAAGCCCAAACAGGAUGCAAAGUACGAUCUUAUACUAGAUGAGCAGGCAGAAGACUCAAAAUCAAGUCACUCACACACAAGUAAAAAACACAAGAAAAAAACACGACACUGCUCUGAAGAAAAAGAAGAUGAAGACUACAUGCCAAUCAAAAAUACUAACCAGGAUAUCUACAGGGAAAUGGGGUUUGGUCACUAUGAAGAAGAAGAAAGCUCUUGGGAGAAACAAAAGAGUGAAAAGAGAGACCGACCCCAAGACCGAAGUCGUAGCCGAUCUCGAGAAAGAGAUGGGCACUACAGUAAUAGUCACAAAUCCAGAUACCAAACAGAUGGUUAUGAAAGAGAAAGGAGUAAAAAGAGAGACCGAAGCAGAAGUCCAAAGAAGUCCAAAGACAAAUCUAAGUACAGAUAAAAGUUGAAUCAGAAAUGAGUGGUUAACAUAUUUACUACUGCCUAAUAGAUUUUUGUGUCAGAGAAGUUAAAGACUCUAGUUGGUUUUUUUUUUUUCAUACUAGAAUUUUGGCCCAUUUAGAUUAAUACUGAUAAUAUAGGGCCCUGAAUGAAAAAGAAUUGAACAUUUUCUGUGUAUACUUUUUUUAUACUAUUAUUAUUUACAUAAGUGGUAAUAUUCAUUUUUAGUGUCUUUCACAUUUUGACUCUUUUUUUUUUUUUGUACCAGGGAUCGAUUUCAGGACCUUGCGCUUGUGAGGCAGGCGCCAGAACCACUGAGCUAAAUCCUUGGCCCAGCUCUUGUUUUUUAAAUGAAGUAUUUCAUAUUGCAAGAAUGCAUAAAUAUGUAUAUAUAAGGUUUAAAGAAUAAUAAUAUGAAUGUGUGUAUUUAUCGGCCAGCUUAAGAACCAGAACAUUUCCUAUAUUUCAGGAGUCCUGUAUGUUCCUUUUCUCCCAAGUAAUUAUUACUGUUUUGUCAUUCUCUUGCUUGUGGUUUUACAGUUUUUGUAUGUACCCCUAAAUGGAAUGUUAAUUUUGUAUGUUUUUGAAUUUUAUAUAAAUGGCAUAAUGUAUGUUUACUUCUGUGGCUUUCUUUUUUCAAUUUAACAUUUUUAAGACUCAUUCAUUUUUUUUGUUUUGUUUCGGUACCGGGGAUCAAACUCAUGACCUUGCGCUUAUGAGGCAGAUGUGGUGCCUCUGAGCUAAAUCCCUGUCCCAAGACUCAUUCAUUUUUAUUUCUGUAAUUUAUCCAUUCUUUUACUGAUGGACAUUUGGGUUUUGUAUGUUUUUGUAUUUGCUAUUGCAAACAGUGCUGCUAUAUGAACAUCCUCUGUGUAAGAGUGAUACUGCUUGGUCACGUGGUCUGAGUAUCUUUAUCUUUACAAGAUGUCACCAAAUUAUAUCUCAAGUGGCUGUGCCAGUUUAUACCUCUAUCAGCACUGACUUUCACUAUGUUAUUUACCAUUGUUUCACAUUUCUAACACUCAUUAAUUUCAGACUUUAUAAAAUUUUUACCAACCUAGUGAAUGUUAAGUGAUAUUUUAUUGUGAUUUCCAGCAAGAAAACUACUGUUGUUCUUAUUUAUAUGUAAGUUACCAUUUUCUUUUGGCUACUCUUUAGGUGUUCUUUUUUGUUACAAUUUGAUUAUGAUGUGCUCAGUGUAGUUUUUUCCUGAUACAGCUGUUUACCUGUGGUUUAUGGUAUUCAUCAAAUUUGGAAAUUUGAGGCAUUAUUUGUUCAUUUAUGUUUGUUGCUGUACUCUUCUCCCUCCUCUCUGGGGGCUCCAGUUGCUUAUAUGUUAGAUCAUAGCAUAAUUUACAAUGUGUGAAAAUAGACCUAAUGUGAUUGCUAAGUCAUAGUCACAGUUGUCUCACAGGACACUAUGUGCUGCUCUUUUCUUUCUGUCUUUUUUCCCUCUGUUUUUCAUGUUAGGUACUUCCCAUGGCUGUGUCCUCAUGUUCCUUAAUCUUUUCUUCUGAAGUACCUAAUCUCAUUUUUAUCCUACCUCAGACAUUAUAUUUUAGAAGUUCCAUUUGGGUCUUUUUCUGUCUUCCAUGUGUACUCCUUAAUGUACUUAUUUAUUCUGUCCUCUAUUUUGGGGGAUACAUCCUGUAGAAUAUUUCUAGUAGUGGCUUUAAUGUCUCAUUCAUUCUAUCAUCUGUAUCAUUUAUGGCCUGUUUCUGUUGAUUGAUUCCUACCCAACCCUCACUGCCACCCCAAUUUUGGCUGUUAUUCUGGAAUAAUUUAAUGGUAUCCUCUGCUCUUUAUUUCCUCUAAGAAGAAAUUGGAUCUAGAUGUUUGGCUAGAGGUAGAUUAUACAUUUUAGGUUGGAAAUUUUAAUUUAGAAACUAAUUAGCCUUUCCUUCUGUUUUACAUUCUGUUUAAGAAACAUACUGGGGUUGCGGGUAUAGCUCAGUGAUAAUGUGUUUGCCUAGAAUACACGAGUUUCUGGAUUUGCUCCUCAGCGCCACCAAAAAAAAAAAAAAAAGUAAAAGAAAUCUACCUAUUCUGAGGUAAUAAAGGCAGUUAAUAUUCUAAAAAUUAUAAAGCUUUGUAUUUUUACAUUUAAAUCUUUAAUCCAUAUUGACUGAUAAAUGUAUAUAGUAUAGUAAAGGGAUCCAAAUUCCCAUUUUAAGCAUUGUUUAAAUGCACAUAACCAGUUGUCCAAAGCCCAUUAUCGAAAGGUUAGUCCAUUCUCUAUUGAUCUAUAGUUACCCUUGUUAUAUAUGUUUCUGUAUGUGUGUGUGUUUUAUUUCAUGUGCUUUCUAUUCUGUUGGUUUAUUGUCUGACCCAGUGCCAAUACCAAACACAUAUAUUUCUGUGACUUUAGAGGAAGUCUUCAUCUUUAAACAAGUUCCUCCACCUAUUCCAUUGCUAGGAAUGACUUGGCUCUUUGUUCUUUGCAACUUUGGAACCAACUUGUCAUCUGCCAAAGGAUUUUCUUGGGACUUUAAUUGCAUUAGUAUUGAAACAUCACUUUGAGGAAGAAAAGAAUUUCAUAAUAUUGAAUCUUACUAUUCGUUAAGCUAGCAUAUUUCUCUAUUUAGUUCUGAUUUUUCUAAUAAGGCUUUUGAAUAAUUUUGGUUGGAUUCAUUUUUAGUUUCUGUUCUGUUGUCAGUGGUGUCUUUUAAAAAUAUAAUUACUAACCUCAGAAGUUUUAGAAGCAUAUAUAUAUAUAUAUAAUUUUUUUUUUUGUAAGAGUAGGAAAAAUUUAUUGAGAGAAAGAAAGCUGCUCUCUAAGAGAGACAGAAGGGGAGCUGAAAAGUGGGUUGCCCCAGAAGUUAGAGUUUUUGAUUGCUUUUGUUAAAUUCCACCAUUUUGCUAAGUUGAGGGGGGUGCUAGGAAUUAAACUCAAGAACCUCAUGCAUGUUAGGCAAGUACUCUAGCACUGAGCAGCACCCCCAGCCCUUUUUCCUUGUUUAGGGUGCCUGGCUGACCUUCAGUUCAUGAUCCUGACACAGCAUCUUGAGUAGCGGGGGUUAUAGGCUUGGGUUGUGCCCAUUCACUUUGCUAAUCUUUUAUGUAUAUUUGAAAUUUGUCUGUAGGGUUUUAGGUAUUUUAUGUGGUCAAUAAUAUCUAUCAAUAACGGCAGUCUUUUUUUUUCUUUUCUAGUUAUCUUUUAAUUAAAAUAUGUACAUAUAGUGUUUGCUGGCUGAAAUUUCUAAGUGUCGAAUAGUAAUUUCUAGUGAUUUUAGCUGGUUAUAAUAUCUAGCACAGUGAUAAAACUGACAUGUAAUUUUUCUUUUUGGUAUUGCUUUUGAUGUCUAGGUUAUACAGUAAAUUAGGGAAUAGGCCCCCCCCCCAGAAAAUAAAAAAAAUUAAUUUAUCUGUUCUUUGAAAGUUGGAUAGAGCUUGCCUAUAAAAUUGGCUGAAUGUUUCUUUCCUUUUCUUUUUUUUUUUUUGUGGUACCGGGGAUCGAACUCCGGACUUGUGCUUGUAAGGCAGGUGCAGGAACCACUGAGCUAAAUCCCCAGCUCUUAGCAUUUUUAUUUCUUAGUCAUUUUGAUUAUUUCAUUUUUCUGGGAAUUUGUCAUUUUCAUUGUAGCUUUUAAUUUAUUGACAAGAGUUGCUCAUAUAGUUCCAUAUAUAUAUAUAUUUUUUUGUUCAGUGCUGGGGAUCGAACUCAGGACCUUGUGCUUGUGAGGCAGGUGUGGCGCCACUGAGCUAAAUCCCCAGCCUCAGUAGUUUUUUUUUUUUACUGUCUUUUAUUUCACCUUAUGAAUGUUCUUACGUGUUAGUGUGCCUUAUAAACAUUUAACUAGAUUAGUUUUUAAAUUUAACUGAUGAGUUCAGUGCAUUUUAAUGAUUAUUGAAGUACUUGAAUUUAUUUUUGUCAUCUUAUUUUGUGUUCUUUCUGUGGUCCUCUCUCCCCUCCGUUUUCCUUUGGAUUAAUUUAAGAAGUUUAAAUUCCACCCAUGUUUUUCAUUUUGUGGAAUUUUCAUAUCUAUACUUAACGUAUCCUCUUAAUGUUUUCACUUUUUUAUCUAUCUUUCAAUUUUUGUGCUAGAAUCACCCAACAUUUUAGUCUUAGCUUGUGAUUUUUAAUCUGGAUAUUACUGUUUUUAUAAAUUUUCAGAUUUAUUCACUAUUCUUCUUGCAUCUCAGGCCUCUUGCCUAGGAUAAUUUUCCUUUGUUCUAAAGCGUGCCGUUUGAUGUACCUUUUGUGAUAAUCUGCUGAUGGUAAACACUUAUGGUAGUUUUUGUUUGUCACCAAUGGUUUUGAUUUACCCAUGUUCUUUAAAGUUGAUUUUCUAUAUACACAUUUCUAAUUUGACACAUUUUUUUCUCAGAACUUUGAAUAUAUCUUUUUCCUGUCUUGACUUUCUUUAUUGUGGAGAAAUCUGUUCUCAAUGUGAAUGUCAUUCUUUUGGAUGUAAUGUGACUUUCUGUGACUGCUUUUUUGUUAAUUAAAUUUUAAAUUUUGAACGUAAUUGUAGAUUCGCAUACAGUUUUAAGAAAAAAUACAGAGAGAUCUCAUGUACCCCUUACCAAAUUUCUGUCAGAGUGACAUGUUGCAAACUCUGGUACUGUAUCAUAGUCAGGAUGUUGGCAUUGACACAGUGAGGAUACCAAACAUUCCCAUCACCACAAGGACCCCUCAUGUUGCCCUUUUGUAACCACAGCUUCUUCCCUGCCUUUUCGCUUUCCUCCCCAACCCUGGCACCACUUACUUGUUUUCCAUUCCAAUAAGUUUGUCAUCUCAAUAAUUUUAUAUAAAUGGAAUUAUAUAACAUAUAUAGUCUUUUGGGAUUUCCCCACACCAUUCAGUCAAAUUCCAUGGAGAUUCUUCCAGAUUGUUGCAUGUGUUGACUUAUUUCUAUGGCUUAGCAGGAUUGCAUGGUAUGAAUAUACCACAGAUUGUUUAGCUAUUCACCCAUUGAAGGAUAUCUGGAUUGUUUAUAAUUUGAAACUAUAAUAAAGCUGCUGUUGGUUUUGAA